UGUAUAGUAUUUAAGUGUGUAUAGUAUGUAUAGUAUUAAUUGUGUGUGUAUUUUUGAGACUUACCUGUCAGCGUUCUCCUUGUACUGCCGUCUGUUAUAUUUUUUAUAUUCAGGGUGGCCCAGCUGUGAAAUUGACCAAAAUCAGCAAAAAUAAUAAAUUAAGAAAUAAUGCCUAACUAUGCCACCCAAAGAAUCUACCUAUGAGACUUUACACAAGUUUCCUACCCAGUGGCAAGCAAAACAUGGAGAUGCAGGUAUCAGUCAAACAAUACAAAAAAAGAAAAAAAAAAAGAAAAAAAAGAAACACAGUGCACGCCAAAAACCACAGCACACAGUGAAGAAACACUACGGAAGCAACUGUGAACACAGCCGCUCUCCUAACAAGAGCACAAACAAAAUACAAACGCAAAUUAACCAUACGCACCAAAACCUGAAUAAAGAAAAAGAAAUACAAUACACCAAAUUGCCUACUGCAUUAAAGGGAUAGUUCACCAAAAAUGAAAAUUCUGUAAUCAUUUACCCCUGCUCAAGCAGAUCUUGGCCCCCAUUGACUAUCAUUUAGAUUUUUCCCUACUAUGGUAGUCAAUGGGGGUGAGAUCUGCUUGGUUACAAACAUUCUUCCAAUGGCCGAUCGUCAGCUUGGUGUGUCCCUGGAUUUACUAUAGCCAAUAGUAUACAGUAUAUUAUAACACAUAAAAUUGUUGGUUUAACAUUAACUCAUGUAAGGUUCUUUAAGUAAAAUUUUUGUUUGACAGGCAUCAUCAUCAGAAGUGGAAUCAGCUGCAAGGGCUCUUAUUGAGGUGUUAGCCAGGGGCCUGGCUGCAUCUUCAUCAGGUGGCACAUCUUCAACAAGAGAAAAUGUGCGAUUGAGCGAGGCAAGUGACAAUACUCCUUUGCCCACUCUGCCGGAACCAGAAAAUAGGGUGAGGCAGGCAUUGAAAAGGCAAUUCUCAAGUAUGUUUAGGACUGAAAGUGACCAGCCUAGGGGCAAAAAACCUUUCCCUUUGGCCAAACCUGUCAAUGUGAAAAAGACAGAUUUUCAAAUAGAUGUUCUCUCCAAACAAACCCUGUUUACUCCAAAAAAAGAUGAAGACCUAGAACUUUUACAUGCUGGGCUUGGGAAAAGGCUGUUAAGUUUUCCAGACAAUUUUAAACACAGUGAGAUUGUCACACUGCUUGAGGAAGAAUUUCCUAAAUUAAAAACUCUUCAGGGGGGCUGGAUGUUUUACAAAUCUACAGGAAAUAGUGGGCGGCGUAAGCUAACUUUAAUUCCCACUGACUCUGAUGGAUACUCAACUCGGCUCCUGAAGUCAGUGUCGAAAAAUGGGAAGAACAUGCUCUUUGUAGUUCCACUACAAGAGCAGCUUUCCAUUGAACCACUUCCCUAUGAUGCUGUGGAGUUUGCAAAGAUGCCACUGUCAAACUGUAUGAAAUGUGGCAAGAAAAUACCACUGCCAUUGUUGCCCUUGCAUAUUGAAGAGUGCAACACAACUGAAACUGAAUCUGUAAAUGAUGUGAUUUUGCAUGAGGAACAUGAUGAUGAAAUUGUUAGUGGAGCCACUGACCAGCCAAGCCCACUUUACAAAGAAUUAGAAGAACCAUCUGAGGAAUCUGUAAAUGAUAUGAUUUUGCAUGAGGAACUUGAUGAUGAAAUUGUUAGUGGAGCCACUGACCAGCCAAGCCCAAUUUACACAGAAUUAGAAGAACCAUCUGAGAUUUGUCCCAUUUGCCAGAUUUCUUUCCCAGCCGAUGUCUUGCCAUAUCAUGCAAGCAUGUGUGGUGAAGGGGAGGAAGGAAGACAGGAACCAACAAUCUGAAAGUUUAGCAGUCACAUUUAUAAAGCAAACUAUUAUUCCUCAUUAGUCCAGUCACUCAAAGUCUUCUGAAGAGACAUAUCUGUAAUCAAAAUGUUUUAAAUAAAAGGUGAGUGAUCUAUGUUGUUAAAGACAUUGUUUGUUAAAGAUGUUGAAUUACACUGAACAAAAUUAUAAAUGCAACAUUUUUGUUUUUGCCCCCAUUUUUCAUGAGCUGAACUUUUUCUAUGUACACAAAAAGCCUAUUUCUCUCAAAUAUUGUUCACAAAUCUGUCUAAAUCUGUGUUAGUGAGCACUUCUCCUUUGCCGAGAUAAUCCAUCCACCUCACAGGUGUGGCAUAUCAUGAUGCUGAUUACACAGCUUGAUUAUUGCACAGGUGUGCCUUAGGCUGGACACAAUAGAAGGCCACUCUAAAAUGUGCAGUUUUAUCACACACCACAAUCCCACAGAUGUUGCAAGUUUUGAGGGAGCGUGCAAUGGCAUGCUGACUGCAGGAGUGUCCACCAGAGCUGUUGCCCGUGAAUUGAAUGUUCAUUUCUCUACCAUAAGCCGUCUCCAAAGGCGUUUCAGAGAAUUUGGCAGUACAUCCAACCGGCCUCACAA